AUGGUGUUGCGAAAUGUGGCUAAGAUUGUCUUGGCCGCCGGUGAAGCAGUUGGAAAAGCCUUCACUCGCGCUGUGAAACAAGAAAUGGACGGUAAGCAACAGCUCUUGCUGGAACUCCGAAUUACGCAUAUUUUAACCUCUUUUUAGCAUCAAAACGCACGGCACAAGCUGCAGCGUCUAGCUCUACAGGUUCUCGACAACAUUCUUCUGCAAAAAACGAAACUAAAACAAAUGCCAGGUUAGGAAUAUCUCUUCAGGUAACAAAUCUUCAUUUUCUGUUUUUAGGUAUAAAAUCAUUUCAAUUUCUACGUUUAGGAAGCUCUUCAAAUUCUUGACGUUAAAGCUCCUUUGAAAACGGAAGAAGUGCAAAAGAAGUACGAUCAUUUGUUCAAAGUCAACGACAAAGCGAAUGGAGGAACUUUAUACCUACAGUCGAAAGUGUAUCGGGCGAAAGAAAGGAUAGAUGCAGAAUUGUCAAAUGAGACGCCAAAAGAACCCGAAGAAUUGAAAAAGGAAUAG